UGGGCUGAGAAGUCAACCCUGAUAAGAUUGUUCAUGAAAGGUGAUGGUGGAGAGGUGAGAAGGAAGAACUUUGGACUCACUUCCCUUACCGUUCACGUUGACUAGUGCUGCAGAUCUCCAAACUGUCUCUGUUCUUCUCAAAAACCAAAACAAAGAUGAAGGUUGAUUUUGCACCUUUGGACGUGCCCCUACACAGGAGGGUGCAGACCGCCGCGGUCCUGCAGUGGGUCUUCUCCUUCCUUGGUCUGGCACCCCUCUGCAUCUCCCUGUUCAUCUACCUGCUCUUCACCCGCUUCUGGCUGGUCAGCGUGCUGUACGCCACCUGGUGGUACAUUGACUUUGACACUCCCGCACGUGGAGGCCGCAGGGUGCCCUUCUUAUGUGGCCUCAGAGUUUGGAAGCACAUGAGGGAUUACUUCCCCAUUAAGUUAGUGAAGACGGCUGAUUUGGACCCAAAACACAACUACAUCCUGGGCUUUCAUCCUCACGGUGUGCUGGUGGCAGGAGCCUUCACCAACUUCUGCACCUACGCCACAGGCUUCCAGAAGUUGUUUCCGGGCCUCACCACCUACCUGCUCAUGCUGCCGUUGUGGUUCAGAGCUCCUUUCUUCAGAGACUACGCCAUGUGUGCAGGACUGAUUCCUUCAGACAAAGAAAGUGCGAGCUAUCCUCUUCGCCAAAAACGUGGUGGGAACGCUGUCGUCAUUGCGGUUGGUGGAGCUCCAGAAGCUCUUGAUGCUCAUCCUGGGACGUUCAACGUGCUUUUAGCUAAUAAGAAAGGAUUCAUCAAAAUGGCCAUGGAGCAUGGAGCUCAUCUUGUACCUGUCUUCUCCUUUGGAGAGAAUGAAGUUUAUGAUCAAGUUGAAAACCCGCGAGGAACCUGGCUCCGAUGGAUACAGGAACACCUGCAAAGGAUCAUGGGAAUCUCCCUGCCACUGUUCCACGCGCGUGGAAUUUUCCAGUACUCUUUUGGUCUUCUCCCCUACAGACGACCAAUCACGACAGUGGUUGGCCGGCCAAUAAAGGUGGAGAAAAAACAGAAGCCCACACCUGAGGAACUUGAUGCCCUCCAUCAGCUGUACAUGGAUGAACUCAGCGAGUUGUUUGAGGAACACAAAGGCAACUUUGGCGUGGACAAGGACACACACCUGAACUUUGUGUAAUCUGGAGUGACAGAAAAUAAAUGUAUUUGUUAAUAUUUAUUUGUAAAAGUUCUGCUAUUGCAAGUUCAAAUGUUUCUAGGCUCUUUGGGGCUUUUGACAUCUCAGUUUGUGCUGCGAGAACUUUAUAAUCUGAAUAAAAUACAAAUUAAUUUUACAAGUAAUUACUGUCAAACGGGUCUGUUUUAUAAUGCAGCUAGCAAUAGAAAAAAAAAUCCAAAUAUUAGCUGAAAAUGAAAAUUAAAAAACUCAAAAUCC